UUUUCUUUCCCAAGUUGAAGUUUCUCGGACAUUUUCAAACAGAGAAAUUUUCUCUGUGAACUAAUGCCAUUAAUCUUCUACAUUGACUUGCGACAAACAAGUCAAGCAGAGACUCUUAUAAAGCCACAACCAUGAAGAAUCACAGCUCAUUAUUAUCACCAUCAUAUUAUCUCUGUUUUUCCUGCAACUUAUUAUUACUGCUGACUCUACUCAACACAGAGAAUUGGAAUAUAUGGCUCUGGAGCUCAUACCUAUAGGGACCAUCUUGGCUGUGCUAACAAACCAAGUCCUUAAGACAGCUCAGGCUGCAAAAGAUGUUGUGAUUGAGACUAAAAGUUUCAAGGUUCUGUCAAAGCAUCUGUUUGACAUCGAACCCGUGUUAAAAGAAUUGCAGCUUCAAAAACUGAAUGAUUGUCAAGCUGCCAGGUUAGCACUUGAAUCACUUGAAGCAGAUGUCAGGAAGGCAAAUCAGUUGGUUGAUAAGUAUAAGAAUCGAGCCCGUUUCUACUUACUGGUGAAGUGCCGGCACAUUGUGAACGAGAUACAAGAAGUGACAAGGGAUAUUGGGAGGUCUUUAGCUGCGUUAUCCCUUGCAAACACGGAAGUUCUUGCAGGGAUAUCUGACCAGGUGAAUAGGCUACAUAAUGAAAUGCAAAGGGUAGAAUUUGAAGCAUCAUACUCGCAGCUUCAAAUUGUUGAUAAGUUGAACCAAGGUCUUCGUGAUCAGAAACUUGAUCAAGGUUUUGCAAAUGACAUGCUCGAUGAAAUUGCACGUGCUGUUGGGGUACCUGUAGAACCUUCACAGAUUAGCAAAGAACUUGCAAGCUUUCGAAAGGAAAAAGAAGAAGCGGCCAACCGGAAAGAAAGGGCUGAAGUUCUCUUCUUGGAGCAGGUUAUUGAGCUGCUUUCUCGAGCUGAUGCUGCCAGAGAUUUCGAAGAAGUCAAGAAGCAGUAUUUUCAGAGAGUUCAGGUUAUAGGGCAAUAUGAUGAGAGGGAGGAAUAUAUAGCUCCUCUUACUCCUUUCCUUUGUCGUAUAAACGGGAAUGUGAUGGAUGAUCCUGUCAGCCUUUGCACUGGCACUACAUGUGAGAGAGCUGCUAUCGAAGCUUGGAUUGACGGUGGAGAGAGAAUUGACCCGGAAACUGGUGACAUUCUAGAGGAUACGACUUUGAGAUCUAACAUCCGACUUAGACAAUCAAUAGAGGAAUGGAGAGAACGAAAUUACUGCCUUAGAAUCAGAGCUUGCAGGGCAAAGUUGUUAUCAGAUGUUGACUCUUAUGUGGAAGAUGCUCUAAGUCACAUGCAGGAUCUCAUGAGAGAAAAUUCUAUAAACAAGGACUGGAUCUCUAUAGGAGGUUUGACGGAUAUCAUCAUUUCCAUCCUUGGUUGCUCUCACAAUAAAGAUGUAAAGAGGAAGAUUUUAAUUACUCUAAAGGAUAUUGUUGAAAGCCAUCCAAGGAAUAAGGAAAAAGUGGUCAGCUAUGAGGGAUGGGAUCUCAUCAUUCCUUGCUUAGUGCGCGACUCCAGUAUCUCAAAGGCUGCUGUAGAAUUGCUAUUUGAGUUGUUGCAAGAGAGAUCUGGUUGGAAUGUGUCUGUGUGCAGGAAACUUUCUCAACAGUGCAGUUCAAUUCUUUUCCUUGUCACCCUCUUGAAUGGUCCUGUCAGGGAAUCAGCUGUCUAUGCAACAAAAAUCUUGAAUAAACUUUUUGAAAUCGACGAGGAGAGUAUAUCUCGUGCUGCAAAGUCAGGCUGGUAUAAACCGCUCGUUGAGCGGAUUAUACAAGGUCCGGAGUCUUCAAGGAUAUCAAUGGUCCGAGCUAUAGUUAAUAUGGAGUUGGAUUUGAAGCUACUUGGUGAAGAAGGAAUAAUACCUCCUUUGCUUGAAAUGGUAGGAUCAGGAAGUAUUGAAUCAAAAGAGUUGUCCUUGUCUGCUUUGGUGAAGCUAUCUGAUUGCGAUGCCAAUAAAGAGCUUAUUUCGGCUGCUGGUGGGCUUUCUCUUGUUUUAAAAUUAAUGUUCUCAUCCCACGUACGAAAUGUUCUUAAAGUAAAAUGUGCUGAAAUCCUUGAGAAAUUUGCUUCUGAUGAUGCUGGAAUGAAAUUUCUUGUUGAUGAGAACAGAAAUCAGCUCGAGUUAGAACCAAUCAUCACCAAUUUGUUAGCUUUGCUUCAGGUCCCGAGCUCAUCCCAUAAUCUUCGGAGGCCUGCUUUACGAGCACUCUUUGGGAUAUGCAAUCUUGACGUAGGAUUGGUUAAGACUGCAGUUCUCACUGUUGAUGGUGUAUUUUUAAUACUUUCUCUUCUCGAUGAUACAAACUCAGAAAUUCGAGAGAUUGCCAUUAAUCUUCUCUUCCUCUUCUCGCAUCAUGAACCGCAAGGAGUAGUGGAUUACUUGCUUAAGCCAAGAAGACUCGAGGCGCUGGUGGGAUAUCUCGAGAGUGAUGAUAAGAGUGAUGUACAGAAGGCUGCUGCUGGCUUAUUGGCCAAUCUUCCAAAAUCUGAGGUAACCCUGACUCAGAAGCUAAUUGUAUUGAAUGGGCUCGAUGCAAUCGUCAACAUUAUAAGAACAGGGACCAUGGAAGCAAAAGAAAAUGCUCUAAGUGCACUCUUUAGGUUCACUGAUCCAUCAAAUGUCGAAUCACAGCGGAUUGUAGUUGAACAAGGAACUUACCCUUUACUCGUAGACUUACUGAGAACCGGUUCUGUAACGGCAAAGGCAAGAGCUGCAGCUCUUAUUGGUGAUCUUUCAGUGAGCAGUCCAAAGCUUGUUGUUGUGUCUAAACCAACCGGCUUUUGGUGUUUUAGGCCAACACGUCGUCCUCAUCUAUGCACAGCGCAUGCAGGUAUCUGCAGCGUGAAGACUACAUUUUGUCUCAUGGAAGCAAAUGCUUUGCCUGCAUUGGUCGAUCUCCUACAGGGCCAGGUUGAUGCAACUGCUCAUGAAGCAAUUCAGACACUCGCGACGUUGGUUCAACGGGGUUGUCCUAACCGAGGGGCCAAUGUGUUACAUGAGGCUGAUGCCAUAAAGCCUGUGCUAGAUACUUUGAAUUGGGGAUCAGAUUCUCUGAAAGAAGAGGCUUUAGGAUUUCUGGAGAAGGUGUUCCUGUCAAAGGAAAUGGUGGAACACUAUAAAUCAACAACCCGGAUUCGACUAAUUAGUCUGACCGGACGAAACAUUUACGAGGAUAAUGGUCGUAUGGGAAGAAAGGCUGCGAAAGUUCUUGCGCUCAUCGAACGCUUUUCUAGAUCAUCAACAUCUCUUCUGCCUGGAAUAUUUGGAUAAAAAAGAUCCUCCUGAAUUGCUCUUUUUGCUCAUCAAUCAGGAUUUUUUUGUAAAUGAGUACAUAAAGUCUCGCCAUAUAUGUAAUUUGGUGAUCUUAUUACAUGUUAUUAUAGAGUAACUAAUCCCUCUAAUUCAAGUACAUGUUGCAAUUAGACUGUAAAUGAUCUUUAAUUAGAUUAAGUAUUCUUCAUUAUUUAAA